AUGUCCGAUACCUCUGAGCAUACGGCAGCGUGGCUGACACUCUCCGUCGCCCACCGCAAAGUCAACUACGACUUUACCUUUCAUGACGACGCCACCAUCACCGACCUGUUCAACGAGAUCGAAGCCAGUCUUGAUAUCCCCGUCGCCAACCAAAAGAUUCUCGCUCCAAAAUGUCCCCUACUCAAGGCUCCUUUCAAGAACCCAGACAUGCCCCUCCAAGAGCUCAAGGGUAAGACCCUGACUCUGAUGGGAUCGCCAGCCGCCGAGAUCCAAGCCGUCCAGAACAUGGCCGAGAGAGUUGCCAAGAGAAACGCAGCACGCAUGGCCCACCGACCCAAAGCUAGACCUGCAUCAAGGCGGAAACCAGAAGAUUCGCAGUACACGUUCCUCAAAGUCCGCCCACUGCAGGGUCUACCCAACCCAGAACGGAGCCAGUCGCUGCUCAUGCGACUCAAGGAGGACCCAGGGAUCCGCGCGUCCAUGCGCAAGCACAAGUUUACGGUCGCGCUCUUGACCGAGAUGGAGCCUCUUGCCCACACGCAAACUACACACGAAGGCACGUCGAGAAUCCUAGGUCUGAACCGAAACCAGGGAGAAGUCAUUGAGCUGCGGCUGCGGACGGAUGCCCAUGAUGGAUACCGUGACUACAAGACGAUCCGCAAGACGCUAUGUCACGAACUCGCCCACAACGUCCACGGCCCUCACGACCGUAACUUCUGGGAUCUUUGUCACCAAAUCGAGAAGGAGGUUGAUGCAGCCGACUGGAAAUCAGGAGGUCACACGGUUGGAGAGUCGUCCCACUACACCAUUUCCGGAGAGGAGGAGGAACACGACCACGGAGGUUGGACUGGAGGAGAGUUUUUGCUUGGAGGUGCUCGGGACCCGACCGCAGGCAUGACUCGACGGGAGAUUUUGGCAGAAGCAGCACUUGAGAGGCAACGCAGGCAGGCUGAAGCAGAGCGCAAGGUGUUGGAGUCGGCAGACAAGUGGCGACGGACAGAGAGCCCGCCACAUGAUGAGACAAAGUGA